AUGAAAGUCCGCCGCCCCCGCUUCGUCCCAUCACUAUAUCGACCAUGGCCGGCGUCGACCUUCUCCACGCCGCCACCGGUGGUGGCGGUGGCUGUGCUGCUGCUCUGCGUUGCCUCGCAGGCGAGGGCGAAUCUCCCUGACCGCUAUACCCUUCGCGGGGGGGCUCUCUCGAGCUCCUACCGGGGAGGCCAGCCCCAGGAGCCACAGGAGUACAUCGACCCGACCAAUCCACCAGUGCUGCCCAACGAGGUCCCUGCGUGCUCCGUCCAACUGCUCGAACAGGACUUCGCGCACACGUACGGGUCCCCGCCGGCUUACAGCAACUUCUCCGCGCCGGAGAACUGCCAGUGGAACCGCGCCGUGCUGGAGAUGUCCGCCUCCUGCACGGGGGAGCAGUACGACCGGAUCUCCGGGGUAUGGAUCGACAGCGUGGAGGUCCUGCGGACCAGCACCGCCGAGCCCACCCCGGCGGGGGUCUUCUGGACGGUCCGGAAAGACGUGACCCGCUACUCCUCUCUGCUGGUCACCCGAGAGCGCCACCAGGCCUGUCGUGGCGGCGGCGCCCGGCGGCGCCGCGACACCUUGCCCAAGCUCCGGCACGUAUGGGUCAUGCUGGAGAAUAUCGUGGACGACGUCUACACGGGCAUCUACCACCUCAAUCUGACCCUCCACUUCUACCAGGAAGGGGGAGACCAGGCCCCUCCCAGGUCCAGAUCCCUCCUGGAGGCGCCGCCGCGUCUCCCUCCUCUUCUGAUCGAGCAAUUCGGCACGGGGAGCCUGAACCAGGAGAGGCUCGACCUUCUGGUGAGCAAGCCGGCGGAUCUGAUCCUCCCUGUCUCUCACGACAAGGGGAGCAACGAGGGCUUCUGGUUCCGGAUCCAGAGGGAGGCGGACGCCCGCACGGGGAACGUCCAGAUCCCCAAGCACGCCUACCGGGCGGUUCUGGAGAUCUACGCCUCCGCCCAUGGGGACGACGAGUUCUGGUACUCUAACCCCCCCAGCUACUACAUCGACCAGAACCGCAUCACUCCGCGCAGGGGCAACGGCGCCUUCCGGGAGGUGUACGCCACGAUCGACGGGCUCUACGCCGGCUCCGUCGUGCCGUUCCCAGUGGUGUUCACCGGCGGGUUCAAUCCCCUGCUGUGGGCGCCGGUGGUGGCCAUCGGGGCGUUCGACCUCCCUUCGUACAGCCUCGACGUGACGCCCUUCCUGGGGAUCCUCCUCAACGGGAACACCCAUCGGGUGGGGCUCGGCGUCAGCUACGGCAUACCUUUCUGGCUCGUCGGCGCUAACCUCCACCUCUGGCUGGACCCGCAGUCAAACUCUGUCUCUGCGCACUUCCUCAAGCACCAGGCGCCGCCGGUCUCUAUCAACUACAGCAACAAGUCCCAGAACCUGGACGGACAGUUCAAGCUCGAGGCCGAGAGGGUGGCGCACUUCGAGGGCUGGGUGAGGUCCUCCCUGGGGAACCUCACCUACUUCCUGGACCAGCAGUACAAGUUCAGGAGCUCCAUCUCCAUCGAGAACAACGGGAACACCAAGGAGGUCUACUCCAAAGCCAAGUUCAAGACGGACAUGAGGAUCGAAGACGCCCCGAACGUGAUCCUCGCCAGGCUCUACCACAAGGCCAAGUACCCCAUCACCGUCUACACCGCCGCCGGGCCCGGUCAGCAGGGAACCUACUUAAGAACAAACGUCUCCCACACGAUGUACGAGAAGGGCGCACUCACAGUAGGGAGCACCAUCUUCCUCAAUUCCUUCGCGCACAGCCAGAACUCCCAAGGGUGGAUGGAAUACAAGAAUCACUCUGUCCUGUCCGGCUCUGCGAGCAGCCAGCAGACCUACAAGCACAAUGACAAUGGCAUCUGCUACAUCCGGAUCGUGAACGCCGAAGGUGGCAACCUCUUGAGGGAUCAGAGCUCCACGGAUUGCCAUUUUGCGUAG